AUGGCCAAGUGGCUGAACAAGUACUUCAGCUUGGGCAACAGCAAGACCAAGAGUCCGCCGCAGCCGCCGAGGCCCGACUACCGCGAGCAGCGGCGCCGGGGCGAGCGGCGCGAGCAGCCCCCACAGGCCGUGCCGCAGGCCUGCUCGGCUUCCUCGGCGUCCUGCGGGUCGGCCGCCGCCUGCUUCUCGGCCUCGUCGGGCUCUCUGCCCGACGACAGCGGCAGCACGAGUGACCUCAUCCGCGCCUACCGCGCGCAGAAGGAGCGCGAUUUCGAGGACCCGUACAACGGGCCGGGCUCGUCGCUGCGUAAACUGCGCGCCAUGUGCCGCCUGGACUACUGCGGCGGCGGCGGCGGGGAGCCCGGAGGGAGCCAAAGAGCCUUCUCGGCGGCGUCGGGCUCUGCGGGUUGCUGCUGCGCGGCGUCGGGGGCGGGCGCCGCCGCGUCCUCGUCCUCAUCCUCCGGUUCCCCGCACCUCUACCGCAGCAGCAGCGAGCGGCGGCCCGCCACGCCAGCCGAGGUGCGCUACAUCUCCCCGAAGCACCGGCUUAUCAAAGUGGAGAGUGCGGGUGCUGCGGGGGAUCCCCCGGGAGGCGUGUGCUCCGGCGGCCGCACCUGGAGCCCGACGACCUGCGGAGGCAAAAAGCUGCUCAACAAGUGUGCCUCCGAGGAGACCGGAGCCGGCCAGAAAGAAAAGGUGACCAUAGCUGAUGACUACUCGGAUCCUUUUGAUGCCAAGAAUGACCUCAAGAGCAAAACCGGAAAGGGGGAAAGCGCUGGCUACAUGGAGCCCUAUGAAGCCCAAAGGAUCAUGACAGAAUUCCAGAGGCAGGAGAGUGUCCGGUCCCAACACAAAGGCAUCCAGUUAUAUGACACCCCUUAUGAACCUGAAGGCCAGAGUGUGGACUCAGACUCGGAGAGCACUGUGAGCCUUCGGCUGCGGGAGAGCAAGCUACCCCAGGAUGAUGACAGGCCCGCCGACGAGUACGACCAGCCUUGGGAGUGGAACCGGGUCACCAUCCCCGCCCUGGCAGCCCAGUUCAACGGCAAUGAGAAGCGGCAGUCUUCCCCUUCACCUUCUCGGGACCGACGGCGCCAGCUCCGUGCUCCUGGAGGAGGCUUCAAGCCCAUCAAACACGGGAGCCCUGAGUUCUGUGGGAUUCUGGGAGAGAGAGUGGAUCCCACCAUUCCACUGGAGAAACAAAUAUGGUAUCAUGGAGCCAUCAGCAGAAGUGAUGCCGAGAAUCUGCUGCGACUCUGUAAGGAGUGUAGCUACCUUGUCCGGAAUAGUCAGACCAGCAAACACGAUUACUCCCUCUCCCUCAAGAGCAACCAGGGCUUCAUGCACAUGAAACUGGCCAAGACCAAAGAGAAGUAUGUUCUGGGUCAGAACAGCCCCCCUUUCGACAGCGUCCCGGAAGUCAUCCACUACUACACCACCAGGAAGCUGCCCAUCAAAGGGGCGGAGCACUUGUCCCUGCUCUACCCAGUGGCUGUGCGGACUCUGUGAAAGGACCAGCCUCACCCUGCUCUGUGACCAAGCCUGAUCCUUGGAGGAGCCGGCAGGGCACCGGCCAGCUCCCUGUGUUGCCAUCGGUGUCCAGUGUGUCGUGUGUAUGGUCCUGGCACACCACUGCAUGUCUUAGAACGCUGUUGUCACUUACAGGGUUGGAGAAGGCCUGGGUGAAGAGGGACGGCCUGCUGCUGCACCACCCCAGCCCGUGCCCCACCCCUCCUUGAGUUUCUGUGAAUUAAAAUAUUUGCAAUCCAAAGAGAUGCCUUCCAGGGUGAACAAAGGUGGAGCUGCUCCAGUGGUGGGCGGGGCCCAGCGGUGGGCGGGGCCGAGCCCUGGCCUGCAUCUCUUUGUUCUCCAGUUGUCCAGAACUCACCUGUGUGGGCGAGGUUUUCCCAUUGGUGCUGGGAGUCCAGGAGGCCCUGGGAGCCACCCCUCUGGGCAUGUCUGAGUCUCUGGGUGUGCAUAUUCAGUGUAAACACUAGAGACCAUGUCAGAAGCCAGAGUAAGCCCCCAUCUACUUUUAGAUGUACACUCUGUAAUCGUUAGAUGUCAAGGAACUAUUGUGCAGUCGAAGAUGAUGCAAUUAUUUAUGAAUAGGGUGUGUAAAUAAAAUAGUCAUUUAAUAUAUAUUACUAGCCAUUUU